AUGUCGGAAAUUGUACCAAUUGCCAUUAUUGGCCUCGGCUGUCGCCUGCCGGGCGGCGCAAACAGUCCUGAGCAGUUAUGGGAUAUGUUGUACGAGGGCCGAAGCGGCCAAAGACCAGUUCCUUCAACUCGAUGGAAUGCCGAAGCGUUUUAUCAUCCCGACCAGAAUGCCAAGGAGUCCCUGAACUUCCGGUCUGGAUAUUUCAUUGACCAGGACAUAUCAGCAUUUGAUGCCCGAUUUUUCGGUAUCCCCCCGAGAGAGGCGAAUGGAAUGGAUCCACAACAACGGCUUCUGCUUGAGACGACGUAUGAAGCACUGGAGAAUGCAGGUAUAUCGCUGAGCAGUUUGAAAGGCUCCGACACAGCUGUGUAUGUGGCCGAAUUCACACGUGACUACGAUAGAAUGGCGAAUAAAGAUAUUCCUCAGCUUCACCUUCUGCAUGUCACAGGAAAGGGCGACGCGAUUCUGUCAAACAGAAUAUCAUAUCUCCUUGAUCUGAAAGGGCCAUCGCUUACAAUUGAUACCGGAUGUUCAGGAAGUAUGGUUGCUCUGCAUCAAGCUUGCCAAAGCAUUCGUUUGGGAGAGUCAAAGCUGGCGAUUGUCGGUGGUGCACAGUUGUUAUUGCACCCCGAUCAAUCCAUGGCUAUGAAUCAAAUUGGUAUGAUGAAUGCCGAUGGCAAAUGCUACGUAUUCGAUGAUAGGGGUUCUGGUUAUGCCAGAGGCGAAGGAGUUGGCGCUGUGAUUCUGAAAAGAUACGACGAUGCAAUCAAUGACGGUGACGCAAUUCAUGCUGUUAUUGCACACUCGGGAGUAAACCAAGAUGGCAGAACUUUGGGUAUACAUUUACCCAACGCCGAUGCUCAAGCUGCUCUUGCAGAGUCAGUCUAUGCCGCCGCCGGCCUAGACCCGGCCGAGACAUUAUAUGUGGAGGCACAUGGAACGAAUGUAGAGAGAAGCACCAAUCUUUUGGUCGGCUCAAUCAAGUCGAAUAUUGGUCAUCUUGAGUCAGUCAGUGGCAUAGCAGCCUUGAUUAAGUCAAUCAUGAUUCUGAAAAGGGAUACUAUACCGGCAAAUUUAAACUUUGUGACGCCGAAAGCUGCAUUGCAGUUGGACAAAAGGCCCAUUUCUAUACCUACAAAUGUUACACCGCUGGCAACUCCUGAUUAUUCAGGUCCCAGAAGAAUCUCACUUAACGGCUUUGGCUAUGGUGGUACCAAUGCCCACAUCAUCUUGGAGCCGGCCACUAAAAACAAAGCAGUCACUAAUAUGACAAAUGGUACUGGGGCGAAUGGCGAUCAAGCCGGUCAUGCUAUGAUGAAAAUCGAUGACAUAAAUGGAAUCUCUCAUAAACAUGCGGAGGCAGAGGCAGACCCGCAGAUAUUCGUCCUUUCUGCAGCAUCGGAAUCUUCUCUAAGGCAUUGGGCAGCCAGGCUAAAGCAAUGGCUCUCCACUGAAAAAUGCGAAAAUGCUCAUCUUCAAGACCUUUCCCACACUCUGGCUCUCCGUCGCAGUCUGCAUACUUGGCGCUCUGGUAUAGUGGCAAGUAGUGCCACUGACCUCAUAAACCAGUUGACUCAUAUCAAGCCAGUCAAAAGCAGCGAUGCGUCAUCGGUGCAGGUCGCAUUUGUCUUUACGGGGCAGGGCGCACAGUGGCAUGGAAUGGGUCGAGAGCUGCUAUUAAUCCCUGGACCAUUUCGGAACUCGAUCGCACGGUCAGCUGGUCUUCUCCAAGAGUGGGGUGCUGGAUGGGCGCUCGAUGUUGAACUGGUCAGGGGUCCUGUCAACUCGAGGCUGGGCGAAAGUCAGCUCGCUCAGCCAGCAACGACCGCAAUCCAGAUAGCUAUGGUAGAUCUACUUGUGAGCUGUGGCGUUGUGCCGCAAAGAGUAUGCGGACAUAGCUCCGGCGAAAUUGCCGCCGCGUAUGCAGCUGGCGCGUUGAGUCACGAAGCGGCGCUCAAAAUAUCAUACAUCCGAGGAGUCAUUUCUGCCAAGGCCAAGAAGCUGAAUCAAUGUCGCGGAUCAAUGUUGGCUGCCGGAUUAGGCGAAGAUGAAAUAGCGCCACAUAUCGCCAAGACAACACGAGGAAAGCUCGUUAUCGCAUGCAUCAAUAGUGCCGAGAGUACUACGAUUUCUGGCGAUGAGGAGGCCAUAGACGAACUUGUUGAGAUUCUCAAUGACCUUGGAGUCUUCAAUCGUAAGCUCAAGGUAGAUACUGCAUAUCAUUCACAUCACAUGAUGGCAGUAGCGGAUACCUACCUAUCGUCGCUUGAAGGGGUCGAGUUUGGCACAGCUCGAACUGAUACUGUCUUUUACUCGACAGUCGCAAAUACUGCCACGAUUGAAACGUACAGUCCGGCGUAUUGGACACAAAAUCUAGUGUCCCCUGUCCAAUUUCAAAAGGGUCUAAAUGAUGCUGCAAAAGACAUGGCUAGUUGUGGAUCACAGGGUUCCACCGCCAGCGUUUUUAUCGAAAUAGGACCCCAUUCCGCACUUCUGGGUCCUUCGAGACAAAUUCUGUCUAAAGUAUUGGAUGGGACUUUCAAGUACUCCUAUGUCGCCCCAAUGAUUAGAAACAAGAACGCUAUACAGACCACUCUAGAUUCCAUACGACAGUUAUUUGAGGUUGGCUGUCCACUCCGUUUAGAGGGCGUAAUAAGUUUGACACACACAGCAACAACAGGGAAUCGUGUGGUUCACGACCUGCCACCAUAUUCUUGGGACCACUCGACGACUUACUGGCACGAGUCAAGGCUGAGCCGGGAACAUCGACUUCGUCAUUUCCCCUACCAUGAUUUGCUUGGGUUGCUUGACGUUGUUGGUGGUGAUUUAGCUCGACCGAAGUGGCGUUACCACAUAGGUAUUGGUUCGCUACCAUGGCUCCGUGACCAUGUUGUAGAUGGUUUCAUCAUUUUUCCUGGUAGUGGUUACAUAUGCAUGGCAAUCGAGGCCAUGAAGCAAAUUGUGCAGGUAAGGAAAGUACCGGGCACGGUGAAACGAUACAGCCUGCGCGAUAUUACCUUUUCCAAAUCAAUAAUCGUACCAGAGCCUCGAGCAGACGGCGAAAAGCAGGAGAUUGAGUUGCAGAUUACAUUCAAUCCCACUAGUACGAGUGGUAACCAGGGUACGUGGGAAGUUUUCAGUGUCGUUUCAUACAAUGCUACCGAAGCCAGCUGGGCUCAACAUUGUUGCGGGCUCAUUAGUGCAGAGAUGGAAUUAGACGCACAACAGCUAGAGGUGGAUAACGAGCAGUUGGCCGCUGAUGGAGUUCUCAUUCGCAAGCUGGAAGAGGCUCAAACCUUUACGACACAUCUCAGUGUAGAUGAGGUUUACGACGACCUGACAUCCACUGGUAACGUUUACGGCCCAACUUUCCGAGGCUUGGAAGAGGUGAAAAUCCAAGAUUGUCAAGCAUUCGCUAAAUCGCGUAUCCAAGAUGUUUCCAAGUCAAUGCCCAGCUCAUACAUGCAGCCACACUUGAUACAUCCAACUACAUUGGACUUCCUGGAGCAUGUUACGGUCAUUCUCUUCAAGCGACAAUGUGCGAAUUCUCCAGUAAUGCCAGUAUUUAUUGGCGAGCUGUCUAUUUCUGUAGAUCUCACCAACGAGCCCGGCGCCGAAUUGUUUUCAACGUCUCGCAUCGACCCAGAGGGCCCAGGUUCUGCCACACUCGAUACUUGGGUUUUUCAAGAGACGAAAGAGGGUCCUCAGCUAGUAUUAAGCAUGUGCAACUGGCAACUCCUUGCAGUUGGUGAGGCACAAAAGCCAGACGUGGAGAUUCCUUUUCAGCGUAACAUGGCUUUCAAGAUGGAUUGGCAAGUUGAUGUUGACCAGAUGAUACAGCAGGACUUCCACAACAGGGUUGCCGAUGCUCAAUUGUUUGGCGUCGGAUUCUGUGAGGGGAUGAGUGCAUCUCAGACCGUGGUAGCCAACGAGAAAGCAGCUAUGAUAUAUAUACGCGAUGCGCUGUACGAGAUACAGAAAGGCGACGUAGAAGUCACUAUCCCUCACCUCCGUCACCUAUACGCAUGGAUGCAACGUCAUUGCACAAAAGAAAACCAAGACCAUGUGCUUGGUCAAGUAAGCCCCAGUGAAGAAACUGCUGCACUAAAGCGGUCGAAGGAUUCCGGCGCACAAGGAGAGAUGCUUGCAAGGAUAGGUCUGCUGUUGCCGGAAAUAUUAGCGGGCACAACCGACGCGCUACCCGUAAUGCUUCAAGAUGACCUACUUAGCAAGUUCUAUAGCGAGGGCCUCAUCACAUCCAGCUAUUUACAAAUGACAGAAUUUGCCAAGCUUUUGGCGUUCAAACAACCACAAAUGUCUGUCCUGGAGAUUGGUGCAGGAACCGGUGGUGCAACGAUGCCAUUACUGCAAGCGCUCGAAGAUCCCGUGGCUGGUCUUCUUUUCAAGGAAUAUUGCUAUACGGACAUUUCUGCAGGUUUCUUUGAGCAAGCCCGGUCUAAAUUCAAACAUUGGGAACAUCGAAUGAGUUUCCAGACCCUAGACAUCUCGCAGGACCCUCUCCACCAGCAGGGAUUUGCGGAUGCCAAAUUUGACUUGAUUUUGGCAUCUAAUGUUCUACACGCUACGCCUUCACUAGAUGAUACGACGACGAAUGUUCGGAAGCUACUGAAACCUGGGGGUCGCUUGAUUUUGAUCGAGCUCACCAAUGUACACGCUUUUGUGAACAUGAUCUUUGGCACGUUGCCUGGGUGGUGGCUGUCAGGGAACGGACUCAAAGACUCGCCAUUACUCACAGCCCCGGAGUGGGACACGAUGUUGCGGCGUCAUAGCUUCAAUGGCCUAGAUAUUGCGACUCCGGACCACGAGGAAGAAACUUCAGUGGCGACCAUGAUGGUUUCUAAGGCCGUCGAAACAACACACAGAAAUGAUAUCACGAUCCAUCCAGUCACGGUCACUGUACUUGUUACCCGCCCGACUGCCAUCUCAGCAUCCUUGUCUAUUUCUGUGGUUCAAAUGCUCAAGCGGCAAGGACUGAGGUGCAAUAUCGAGACUAUUACCGCAACCAAGGUCAAAUAUGGCGGUAGCUAUAUUGUCCUCGACAGCGCAGAUCAAGCCUUCUUGAAAGAUCCGUCGCGAGAGGAAUUUGAGGCAUUCAAGUCGCUUUUGGCCCAAAGCAAAACUGUUCUUUGGGCCAGCUUUCAGGAAUCAGACUCAUUUGAGACUUGCUCGAUCAAAGGCAUGAUCACGGGCAUUGCAAGAGUAGUACGGAGUGAAAAUGAUGGCAUCAAUCUCGUAACGGUUGACAUUCGCGAUCGAGUUUCAAGUGAUUCUCUAGACCGUCUGUCUUUGGCUUUGUCCAAUCUCGUCACAGCUACCUUCUGGCAACAAGAAAACGCAAAUUCACUAUGCGAACGAGAAUACGCUAUAGCCAACAGAGAUGUAAUAAUUCCCCGCUUGAGUGUUGAUUCAAUGUUCAAUAACUGGGCAUCAAGCACCACUGCCAACACCUCUCUCACAGAUAUGUACCCUUACAAAGAUAUGACGCGCCCUUUAAAGCUUGAAGCUGAAACACCCGGUUUGCUUAAUAGCAUACGGUUCGUGGACGACUUUCGACUAUCAACGCCUCUGCCACCGGAUGAGAUCCAAUUAGAGGCGUAUGCGCAUGGUAUCAACUUCAAGGACGUGUUCGUAGCCCUAGGACAGAUGCCGCCGAGAGUACAUAUGGUGGGUGAGGUGGCCGGUGUCGUGACAGCGGUCGGUUCCGAGAUGCGACAUCUGUACAAGGUCGGAGAUCGAGUCAGUGGCAUGCAUUCAGAACCUUUUGCCAAUUGUGCGAGGCUCAAAGGGCUCCAUGCAUGCAUAAUACCUUCCAAUCUGGACUUCGUCCAGGCAGCCUCAGUCGCUGCAGUAUAUUUGACCGCCUGGCACUGUCUAAACAGGGCAGCGCACCUACAGGAAGGCCAGAGCAUCUUAAUCCAUGCUGCAUCGGGCGGUGUAGGACAAGCUGCUAUUCAGCUUGCUCAACUCGUGGGCGCAGAGAUCUUUGCCACUGUAGGCAGUGCUGCUAAAAGAGAUUUGAUUGUGGAGAGAUAUAGCAUUCCAGAAACGCAUAUCUUCUCCACACGUUCGACAACCUUUAAAAGUGGUAUCAUGCGCCUGACAGGAGGUAGAGGCGUCGAUGUUGUCUUGAACUCUCUGUCGGGCGAACAACUCGCUGCGAGUUGGGAGGCAGUCGCCGACUUCGGCACUUUCGUUGAGAUCGGAAAAUCAGACAUCUACAGACGAAACCAGAUAAGUAUGACCCAAUUCGACAAGUGUGCAUCCUUCAUCCCCGUGGACUUAUCCCUUCUCGCCAACAAGAGGCCGAACGUUGUCCACAGCGGACUAAAGGCCAUGUUUAGCCUGUUCGAGAAAGGCCUCGUGUCGCCGGUGACGCCAGUAACCAAGAUCCCGAUGGGUCAGAUCGAGGGUGCUUUCCGUUUGAUAGCAUCGCGGAAGCACACAGGUAAGUUAGUCGCUUUUGCCGAUGACAAUACCCUGGUGAAGGCAGUGGUCUCACCCCCGAAACAACUCAUUCUCGACCAUAGAGGAACAUAUGUCGUCGUAGGCGGUCUAGGAGACCUAGGGCAGAGAAUAUGCCGCUUACUGGCUAGAUGUGGAGCAGGGCAUAUUGUUACUCUCUCAAGAAGCAUCUUGCCAGACGAAGCGCUGCAAGCUCUUCAGAAUGAGCUUAGCGAGAUUGGUGCUAUAUUGUACCCUGUUCAAUGUGAUAUUUCCGACAGUACCAGCGUGGAGAAAGCCGCUGAGUUCUGCAAGUCAAAACUUCCACCCGUAAAGGGUGUUGUUCAUGGUGGAAUGGUCCUUGAUGACCAUCCUCUCGAGGUCAUGAAAUGGGAGGAGUACAAUGGGCCUAUAAGGCCGAAGGUGUACGGCACGUUGAAUGUUCAUAAUGCAUUCACCUCAGUCGCUCUUGAAUUUUUCAUCAGCUUGUCUUCCUCCGCAGGUGUCCUUGGCACAACGGGACAGGCAAACUACGCUGCCGGCAAUACAUUCCAAGAUGCUUUUGCCCACGCUCAAAACUCGAAACCUGGUAAUCGCACACGCUACGUUGCAUUGGACCUUGGAGCUAUUGGUGGCUCAAACGCGAUCACCCGACUGGCUGCAAGAGGCGAAGAACUCAAGCGUCAAGGCUUGCUAAUCAUGACUUUUGAAGAGCUAUACAAAGGCCUGGAAUAUGCCAUGGGCCCUUGGGCAGUUAAAAACGACUGUGGGCAGAUCAUUCUUGGCUUUGACGGCAAAUCACUCUCGCACAUCGAUGGUGGUGCCAAUCUGCACAAUCCAUUAUUUCAGCGGCUUCUCCUUCAGAACAUGGGAGCGAAUGAUGCACGGAAUGGAGUUGUGUCAGAUAGCCUGGGCGCCGAUCCUGCAAAACUGCUUGAGAAUGUGAAAACACUCCAAGAAGGAGAGGACAUAAUACUCAAGGCUACUGCAGAGAAAUUUUCUGUGUUUCUGGACAGCGAUGUUCCCACAGACAUACCAAUUGCGAAACUUGCGCUUGAUUCCUUGGUAUCUAUCGAAUUGAAAAAUUGGAUGGUUCGGACGUUUCGAGCACCACUUCAAGCAUCUGAACUCGCUGGUGCAUUGAGUAUCGCGGCGCUUUCCAAACUCCUUGCGUCGAGAUCAGAAUGCUUGAAGAGUGAAAUCCGGAGUGGGUCAAACAAGGACACAUCUAUCUCAGAAGAAGCACAGCAAAAGGCGACCAAUUCUUUACUGCAGACUGGUAAAUAUCAAUCCGACUCCACGGAAAAAUUGCCUUCGCAUGGAUGGGAGUGCUGCAGGCAUACCGAAAAGCUGGCUAAAUACCCCCUACUCGGUUUGGACGAAGCAGUGAACUUGCUUAUUGACAACAUGGGCCACAUGCUAGGCCCCGAAGAUUUCCAGAUACUCAAGGAUGCUGCUGAAGAUCUCCGACGGCCCAAAGGACCUGCUAGGCAGGCAUAUGCUCAACUUGUUGACAUGUACAAUGAUUCGAAUCUGGACAAUUGGAUGUAUGACCUCAUAACUGAUGCUGGUUACUUAAAGCAACGUAGUCCGGUGGCUCCCUACUCCAGCGUCGUAGGCACUCACCAUGAUAGUCCUUUCCCUCACACUCAGAGCGAGCGUGCGGCAGUGGUCACCUUGGCGGCCUUUAAUUUCAGGAAUGAGGUGGUGGAAGAGGAGGUCGAACCGUAUUGGAACCAUAGUAUGCCAUCUUGCACUUGGCAGUGGAAGUGGCUUUUUAAUGCCUAUCGUUUGCCAGGCGCAGAAAAAGACAGCAUGAUCCGACACGAGGGCAUUGAUUGCAUUGCUGUUUUGAGAAGGGGUCACGUUUUCAAGGUGCCCCUUCGGGAUGAUGGAGUUGCCAUCUCGUACGCCAAGCUUAAGGCUACGUUCGAAGCGAUCAUCGAUCAUAGUGAGGUUCAAGAGCUGUGGACGGGCAUCCUCACCACCGACCUUCGAGGUUCGUGGGCAAAGAUCCGCGAGCAGGUAUUGGACAUCAGUGCCCACAACAAAGAAUAUCUCCAGGUCAUAGAAGAAGCCAUCUUUGUUGUUUGUCUUGACGACGCAAGCCCUGAGACGAACGAGCAGCACGUGCGACAGGCGUAUUUGGGAACUGGAUUCAACAGGUGGAUGGAUAAAAGCACGCAAUUUAUCGUCAUGGCCAAUGGCAAAUCGAGCUUCAUUCUGGAACAUGGCGCUAUUGACGGAAUAACAGCAAAUCGUCUAAGUGAGCGAGUUCACAAGCAUAUACAAGAACAUUCGCCCGGUCUUCCCAAUGGCCAGAUAUCCCAUCCAGCACAAGACAUCAAGCUACAAAAGCAGGAAUUCCAGAGCACGUCGAAAAUCGAUGAGCAUAUCGAAAAACUGCGUGAGCGUUAUACUUCUACUGCUCAGCGGAUUGGAUACAAGCGUCAUACCUUGACGACUUUUGGUAUCGACAAGCUGAUGUCGAACGCCGUGCCAGUCAAGUCAGUCGUAGAUGCAACCGUGCAACUUGCAAUACGGCUGCACUAUGGCCACAAUACGCAGUGCUGGGAAAGCGUUUCCAUGGCUCACUACCAUAAGGGCCGAACCGACAUGAUGCAGAUAGCCAAUCGGGAAGUAAACGACUUUUGCGCCAUGGCUCUAGAUGAAACGGUGCCGCUGAGCGAACUUCGUGCGAAACUUUUAGAGCUUGGACACAGCAUGAGCACCAACAUGCAACGGUGUCAGAGUAAUGGGACAUAUCUCCGCCUAUUUGAGCUCUUGAAGGUGCUGUGGCCCAAGGAUGCGCCAAAGGCUGAAAUGUUCUCAAAGAAUUUGUAUUGGCGAAAACCAUAUGUCAUCUCCAACCACGGGCCAGUGAACAGUCCAGUAUGUGACUCUGUAUGGGGUAUACAAGAGCCACAGUCAGUCUGGAUCAUGACGACUUCAGGUAGUGAGAGCAUUGAGUUCUCUAUUGCAGGGGGUCCGAUUGAGGCUUUCGCCAAAAGACUAGAUGAGGCCUCCUUGAUCAUAAACAAGAUUAUCCAGGCAAGGUAA